UGUGUGUGUCCCCGCAGGAGCACUGAUAACGAGGACACCACCAAGAGGAAGGUCAACCUGGUGUUUGAGAAGAUCCAGACAUUAAAGUCACGGGCAGCGGGGAGCGACAACAAAUCUCCUGACAUAGCUACCCAAGCCAAAGCCCUAGAGGAACAGAGGGUGGCGCUGGAGAAGGAUGUUGUUGAACUGAAAAAGCAGCUGGAGGAGCAAACCAAGAAGCAGAUGGGUCUGACUGAGGCCCAUGAAAAGGCCAGAGCGGGGGUGAAGGACCUGCAGACGGAGCUGGAAAGGAGCCAGGAGGAAUGCUCCCGACUGAGGGACAAACUGGCCAAAACAGAGGCUGAGCUCCGCACCACACUGGAGGAGCUGUUCCAGGUGAAGAUGGAGAGGGAGCAGUACCAGACGGAGAUCAGGGACCUGCAGGACCAGCUGUCAGAGAUGCACGACGAGCUGGMUGGCGCCAAGACGGCAGUGGCCGACAGAGAGAAGGAUGCCAUGAUGGAGGACCUGAUGCAAAUGAAGCUGGACUUACAGGAGGUGCUGCUGGCCAAGGAGGAGCAGGAGGAGGUGCUGAGGAGGAGGGAGAGGGAGCUGACUGCCCUGAAGGGAGCACUGAAGGCAGAGGUGGCCACACACGACCAGGAGGUGGAUAAACUGAGGGAGCAGUAUGAGAAGGAGAUCCGCAAGCUGCAGACAUCUCUGGAGAAGGCCAAACAGAGCAGUGCUGCAGUGGGCAAGGAGAAGGCUGAAGUGGAGGCAGCCAAGGGGGCAGUGGAGGGCCAGGCGGGACGUCUUAGCCAGGAGGCCGAGAAGCUGAGAAAGCGGGCACAUGAGCUGGAGAACGAAGUGGCCAAACUCAACCGCAUCAUCGAUGAUGCCAAGCUACAGGAGAGCAAGCUGGGGGACAGAGUCGGCCGGCUUGAGAUAGAGAAGAGGCAGCUGGAAGAGUCUUUGGAAGAAAUCAAGGAGCAGGAGGAGGAGAUGUCACGUGCCAACCGUGCUUUGACCACAGGUUUAGAGGAUGUACAGAGGAACUUGACCAAGCUGAACCAUGACCACAGAGAGCUGGAGGAGAGGCUGAAGGAGGAGAGGAGUCAAAAAGAACAGUUCAAGAACACUAAGAAUGAGAUAGAGGACGAGAGGAGUCUGCUGGACCGYACAGUGGAGAAACUACAGAGGGAGAUGAGUGAGAUYGUGGAGGCCUCUCAGUCGUCCACCCAGGAGCUGCAGGAGCAGAUAGACGUGUACAAGGAGAAGAACCGUCGGGAGCUGGCUGAGCUUCAGAGACAGCUGAGGGAACGGGGUGUGGAGCUGGACAAGUCCUGCCUGGCUGCUAAGUCCCUGCAGGAGGAGCUGAGCCAUGURGAAGAAGACCUGAGGCAGUGUAAGAGGGAGAGGGAUGAUGCGGUCCUCAAGGAGAAGGYCCUGGAKCAGAAAGUCUACCACCUGGAGGUGGAGGCAGAGAUCAAAGCCCACUCCAAGGAUGACAAAAUCCGACAGGUGAAACUCAUGGAGGACAGGAUCAAUCAGCUGGAGCUGGAUCUGGAUGAGGAAAAGCAAAGUGGAGACCUGCUGAUUGUCAGGAUAGACCGAGGCAGAGAACAGGUAGAGCAGAUGAGGAAUGAACUCCUGCAGGAGAGGGCUGACAGACAGGACCUGGAGUGUGACAAGAUGACCUUGGAGAGACAGAACAAGGACCUGAAGAGCAGAAUAGCCCAUCUGGAGGGCUCCCAGAAGUCUAACAAGGAGGGCCUGGUGAGCCAGCUGGACAGCCGGAUCCAGGAGCUGGAGGAGAGGCUGGAGGGAGAGGAGCGGGACCGUGCCAACCUGCAGCUGGUGAACCGGAGGCUGGAGAGGAAGGUGAAGGAGAUGAUGAUGCAAGUUGACGAAGAGCACCACUCACUGCAGGAUCAGAAGGACCAGGUCAGGAUGCAACAUGCACAUAUAUACACACACACUAACCUGCGUCGAAGGCCCUGA